AUGCUGUCGAUUGCCUCUAAGAGAGUUUUACGUGUUGCCCUCGCAAGACCCUUUUCGGUAGAAGCGCAGAAAGUUUGCCAGAGUGGAAUUCUCCCAGAAGGAAACAAUAGCGCCUACUUUGGAAUAUAUAAUCUUAACUAUGAGAGAGUGGCUACUCCAGAAGGUCGUCAGCAGUUGAUUGACGCAGUGAAGGGUUUCGAUGGCCUUUUGAAGGAGACAUCAUCCGAUUUGAAGACAAAGAUCGUUGGUUGCGUGUCUUUUGGUAAAAAGGCGUGGUCGACUCUUUGUGAAGGAAAGGAUUCUCUGAAGGGUACUGGAGAUAAACUUAUUGACUUCCCUGGAUAUGGUAUUGCUCCUGCGACGCAAACCGAUCUGUAUAUCCAUAUUCAUAGUAAGAAGGAUUUCGCCACGUUCGAAGCAGCCAAACUUAUUAUUGACUCGUUCAAUAAGGAAUCUCCGAUUAUGAAAGUGUUUGAUGAGAAGAAUGGCUUCGUCUACAAAGAUAGCCGCGACCUGACUGGCUUUAUCGACGGAACUGAAAAUCCGCAUGGUCCUCAGCCCCGAAUUAGUGCUGGUCUGGACAGCAAUGGAGCUUCCUACUGUAUUGUUCAGCGCUUUGUCCACAAUCUGCCGAAGUGGAAUAAAGUGUCUGUGUCUGAGCAGGAACAGGUGAUUGGGCGCACAAAGUUGGACAGUGUGCAGCUCAGUCCCGUUCCUCACAAUUCUCACGUGGGUCGUUCGGACGUGAAGGAGAACGGAAAGGGUCUUAAGAUUGUUCGUCAGUCCCUGCCCUACGGAAUUGCAGGAUCGGAGAAGGGACUCUGGUUCACUGCAUACUGCCACGACCUCCACAACAUCAUCGAGAUCGAACGUUCGAUUUAUGGAGAACGAGAUGGUGUGUCUGAUCGUCUGAUGGAGUUCAUUACGCCUGUGACAGGAUCUUUCUUCUUCACUCCCUCUCUGAAUGAUUUGAAUAAGCUCUAAUACGUAAUCCCGAGUGCUAUGAUG